AUGAAGUCCAUCCCCCAAAUUCACGCUGCACCCGCCCAAUUCCCAGCUAACCCCGCCGUUGGCCCCUCCAUUCAUCUCCUAGCCGUGCAACUUACGUCGUGCAAUUUUCAUCCUCUUGCCGUGAAAUUUCAAAUUGCCGGAAUUCGAAAUUUGGAUGAAGAAUAUUGGGGUGGCGGGAGGAGUGGCGACGGAUGCGGUGGUGGAGGCGCUGGAGCUGGGCGAAGGCGGCGGAAGGAGGGGCACAUGGAGCUUGGUGGCGGCAGUUAUGGAGGAACCCAAAAGGAAUAUGCGUUUGAUAUUCCUUGGAAACUGAAAGCAGUUGUGACGAAUCGGUGCAACAUGAAAGUUGUCGGUGACGUAUUUCACAAACUAGACGAUAAACAUAAAGAUCUAUUUGUAGAUUCUUGCUUCCGAUCACUUGUAAAUAUUCCCCAGCUCAAAUUGUCGUCGCAAAUAGUCCAUCAGGUAGUUCUUAGGACAUUGAAAGCGUCCGAAGAUGAGAAAGAUGCAGUGUGGUUUAGAUUUGGAGAGAAGGAGUGUAGAUUCGGGUUACAAGAGUUUUCUCUUGUAACCGGGUUGAAGAUUGUUGCUUUGGAUGAGAAUUCCUACGACGUCCCCAAAACGAAUAGUUCGCUUUUGCAGCUUUUCAAGGAUAAGCGGGGGGCUAUAAAACGCAAUGACUUGCUCGUUGAAUUUCAUAAGCUUAUAAAGGAUGAAGAGCAGGAGUUGAAGUUCAAAUUAGGGCUUGUGAUUGUCUUGGAGCAUGUUCUUUUGUCUGCAGAGGUCGAGACUCUUGUAGACGAAAGAUGGUUUCAUUUGGUGGAAGAUUUAGAAAAAUUCAAUAAUUUUCCUUGGGGCAACUUGUCGUACGAGCAGACCGUAAAAGUGUUCAAGCGGACCUCUUUGGGGAACGGACCAAAAUCAAAGUCCGUAGCGUAUUCUUUGCAUGGAUUUCCCAUAGCAAUCAUGAUUUGGGAAUUUGAGGCGCUACCUAAUUUCGGAAGAGAAUUUGCUGAAAAAAUUGUUGAUAAUGUAUAUCCAAAAAUGUAUUGCUGGAAAAUGGAUAAACAGUUGCGAGCCGAGACGCUUCAGUCUUUUUUUGAGAGGGUGGAAGUUGAAGUUCGACGAACGUUGGAACCCUCUUCCUCUGAAGUGGACACAUCAUUUUUUAAUGAAAUGGGUAUAACUUCCUGGACAGAAGUUAGUGUCUGUCAACUUGAGGAGGAAGAAGGCAGUGCAUCCAAAGCUGAGGAUGAAGAAGCUGAUGAAUCUUCUAAACCCGAUGAUGAUGAAGAAGAAGAAGAAGAAGAAGAAGAAGAAGAAGAAGAAGAAGAAGAAGAAGAAGAAGAAGAAGAAGAAGAAGAAGAAGAAGAACAAAAUGCGUCUCAACCUCCACCACAAUCUCAUGUUAUUGAUGAAGAAAAGAUCGCAAGUAUACUGAGGAAAGUGGUGAAGGACGAGGUGAGGACAAUAGUGCAGGAAGAGGUGAGGAAAGUGUUGAAGGACGAGAUGAAAAUGAUUUCGGAGCAAAUGGAGACGAAGAUGGAGAUGAAGAUGGACAAUUUGUUCGAGAGAAUGAAGAACGUGUUUUUUGAAGCAAAAGAUAAACCAUCUACCCGAGGUACUUAUGAUGGGACAUAUGAUGACCCGGAUGAUGAGGUGGAGCAAAAUGUGCGGGAUACGGAGACCGUUUACCCAGACACGAUGAAAUCACCAUCUCCGAUGCCCGAACAAGAAAUGGCUGGACUUCAUGAUGAUGCGGGUUUUGUGAGCCACCCGUCAUCAUCCAUUGUUGUGUACGAUCAGAGACAACUGCCGCCGACAACAAUUGAGAUGGAGAACACUGUUGAAGACGAGACGGCAGCAGCAAUUGAGUUGGAGAAUACCGAUGAAGAUGAUCCACCUGAGUCUCCUAAGGGGAGAGGGCACCGGAAGAAAAGAAAGGCCGCCGUUCUACUGCUGAAGUUGAGUUGUCCUGUGGUGGUGUAG